AUGCCCAGUGACAGCCACGGCAUGCCCGGUCCCCACGAUAUCUUGGUCUAUCAGGAGUAUGCUCCGGAGACCAAAGUUUCAUCCUGGAAACCCGGCUUCUUUAAUAGCACGCUCCCUAAAGGUAUUACUAGGUAUAUCACAAAUGGAGCUGAUGUCUCCAUUCCGAGCGAGAAUCUAGGCUUUUACUUCAGUGGCAUACACGCUAAGGACUGGGGUCCCGUUGCAGCAUAUAAUGGUUCUGCGGGUACGAGGGCCGAGAGUAUGAUGGCUGUCAAACUGGGCAACGGCCAGGACGAUAUAUCAUGGGAAAACAUCACCUUACCGAGUGCUAUCUCAGGGCGGGCAAAUGCAGAGCUGGUUUGGAUCCCGGUAUCGCAACAGGGGGUUCUGGCCGUCGUUGGAGGGGUCGUUCACCCAGAGGGUAUCUAUCCCACGGGUCUCUCUGCUUCCCAAAAGGAAGACAAUACCGCCUUUAGGACCGAGUCAGUCCAGGGUUUAUGGAGACGAUUCCGAUUUAUGAUAUCGCGAACCGAAAAUGGCACGCCCCCGCCUUCUCUCCCAGUUAUGGUUCCAGAGGAGACACUAACGCUCUACAGGCAUCUCCAGAACACAACCGGCAAUAUCCCGCGCCAGGGCCGCACGUUGUUCUGCUCGGCUGUGGCAUCCGCCUCGGAUGGUAGCUCGCAUAAUAUAUAUAUCUACGGUGGUUACGACGGACAGGAUGCAGAGCACACACCGUAUGAUGAUGUGUAUAUUCUCUCCCUCCCAUCUUUUACCUGGGUGAAGGGGCGGGUCGGAACCACCGAGCAUGGUCGCAGCGGGCAUCGGUGCUUUCGCGUGUUCCCGGACCAAAUGCUCAUCGUGGGCGGUCGGUUCAAGGACCCUUCCCAGUGCGUAAAGGGGGGGAUCGUUCAGUCUCUGAACCUCAACUCGUUAGACUUCCAGACAUCCUAUCGGCCGGACUCGUGGCAGGAAUAUCGCGUGCCGGCCGUGCUCACUCAUAACAUUGGGGGCAGGUAA